AUGCCGCAGUGGCUUAUCAAUGGCCCCCAACGCAUGAUGGAGGAUGGUGCUAUCUCGGACUCGCCUCCUGAAACUGGCACGGGUGGCUCCAGAGGCUUCUGGCAUGAAGUUGCUCCUGAUUGGUUCCCAGAGCGGGUAGACCGGGCAGAGCGGGCGAAGUGUGUGAUCACGCCUCGCUUGACGGGGCCCAAGUCGCCAUUCCCCUGUUCAGGGGUUGGCGAGACUACCCGCCGCUUGGGGGGUUGUUCCCUCGAUUACUACCUGCUGGUCCUCGGCGCACCCGUUCCUGUGCCCCUCAUGAUGGCUGGCCAGCCUCAAAAACGAAGGGAGCCAGCUAAUAGCUAUUAA